AUGCUAUCUUCAGAUGGGGUGCUAUUGGAGAGAUUGAGACGAUCACCUCACUAUUGUGGUCCUGAGGAUUCUGAGCCGGUAUGGCCACGGCCACAACCACCUCUACCACCACCACCGGCACCACGACCUCCUCCACCAUCCCACGAAUUCCCCCUACCAGCUCCAAUAUUCCCACCACCGUUUUGGCGAGGACACCACCAUCAUCACCGCUUCUACAACGAGCCUCAGAGAUACCAGGAACAGAACAUCAGAAACUUGGAAAAUGAAAGCAACAAACCCUGUGAUUCUUGCAAUGAAAACAAAAAGCCAAAAAACACAGCUAUCAGCAACGCACAGAGUGAAACUGGGAACGCGGUCGCCAUAGCUAUAACAAGAUCUAAAAAAAAUUAA